GCUGGACGUGAGCAGUACUUUGAGGUUAUUCCUCUUAAAAACUUGUAAGCCUGUAACAUGGAUUGUUUAUCGUUGCUGUGGUUUAAUUACCCCCGCUUAAGCUUACUAAGGCAACUAAAAUGCAAAAAGUUAACCAAACGGUGCUCCAUCAGUUCUGCUGCCCAGCCCCAGAGGCCCCCGAGGGGGAGACGUCAUCCGCCUGUGUCCCCAGCAAUGACCUUUCUCCGGACCCGUCAGCAGGGGAGGAAGGGAAAGGAGGAGAGGGGGAGCUGCAGAGUGAGGCCCUGUCACAACCGCAGCCCCAACAAGAGACGCCACUGCCGGCACAGCCCGAGUCCGAGCCUCUCCAAACGCAGCGGCAACCCCCGCCUGAAACAGAACCAGAAUCUGAACCCCAGACAGAAGCCGAGCCCGAACCUGAAGUUGAUGCCCCGGGCGAGGAGGACGUGCAGGAAGCUGUGGCGCAAGAAGAAACGGAUGAGGAGGAAACAAAGGGAAGACAGGAUGUAGAGAAUACUCAGGAAGUGGCCAAAGUUGAAGAAAUAGAAGAAGAAGAAGAAGCGCAGGAGGAGGAGGAGGAGGAGGAGGAGGAGGAAGGUGAAGGAGCAAAAGGAAGCAGCACUGCGAGGAGAGCCAGCCUCCACCAUACAGCGUCGCCGUUGAGGGUGCAACGCAACGGGGCCUGCUCACACGCGACCACCUCCGACUAUGAACUCUCGCUUGACCUCAAAAACAAGCAGAUCGAAAUGUUAGAGCACAAAUACGGCGGUCACCUCAUUUCCCGCCGUGCCGCCUGCAAGAUCCAGACCGCAUUCCGUCAGUACCAGCUAAGCAAAAACUUUGAGAAGAUCCGUAACUCCCUGCUGGAGAGUCGCCUGCCGCGUCGCAUCUCCCUGCGGAAGGUGCGCAUGCAGAACACCGAGGGCUUCUCGGCUGAACGGGCCCUGGCAGAGGGCUGCAACUUGGCAGGUAUCCCUUUGGUAAGGUCGCCAUCGCUGCCUGCCACAAUAGGCGGCAGCCUGACCGACCUGGAGGACUCUUUCACCGAGCAAGUCCAGUCACUGGCAAAAUCUAUCGAUGAUGCGCUCAGCAACUGGAGCCUGAAGACCAUGUGCUCGCUGCAAGAAGGCAGUACUUACCAAUUCAAUGCAGCAGCAGGUGGAGGAGAGGGAGGCGGCGUGGGAGAGUCGGCAAUUCAUCAAGCCCCAGUGGACCCCAGCGACCUGUCCAAAAGCGCCAGCAAGCUCAUGAUGGCUUUCAGGGAUGUGACAGUCCAGAUUGACAGUCAGAACUUCCGUGUUUCGUCUUCCGUCAUGGAGUCAGUCACACUGGGUAGCUGCAGCCAGCAAGAAGAACUCUCGUCCAUCGCAAUUAACACCGCUCCUCAGUCUAUCCCGCCUGAAAAAACACCUGCUCCCCCAUCAGCUGAGCCAUUAGCUCCCCCUCCGCCCCCUCAGGAGCACCCCCCUCCCCCAGAAAUAGACUUAUGUGACCAGGACAUGGAUUUCCCCGCUCCCCCGCCCAGUGAGGAAGAGCUCAGCGGGGAGGACCUGCCUCCUUUGACCCCUCUGGACAAAAUGGCUGCCCAGCCGGAGACAGUGGCGGUGGUGACGCCGCCGGAGCCAGAGCCCCCUAAAGCUCCUCCGCCCGUGUCCGAACCCCUGGAGGUCAAUCGGAGUUGCUCAGAGACUGCCGACAACAGCUCGGAGCAGAUGAGCAGCAGUAGCGCAUCCACAGAGGCCCGAUCCACGUCGGAGGGCUCUUCCAAGGAGGCGCUGCAGGCCAUGAUCCUCAGCUUGCCGCGCUACCAUUGCGAGAACCCGGCCAGCUGCAAAUCACCCACUCUGUCCACCGACGUCAUGCGGAAACGACUCUACCGCAUCGGCCUGAACCUAUUCAAUGUGAAUCCUGACAAGGGCCUCCAGUUCCUGAUCUCGCGGGGCUUCAUCCCAGACACGCCCAUCGGUGUGGCCCACUUCUUGCUGCAGAGGAAGGGCCUGAGUCGGCAGAUGAUCGGCGAGUUCCUCGGCAACAGCAAGAAGCCCUUCAACAGGGACGUCCUCGACUGCGUGGUGGACGAGAUGGAUUUCUCGGGCAUGGAGCUGGACGACGCGCUGAGGAAAUUCCAGGCCCACAUUCGUGUCCAGGGAGAGGCCCAGAAGGUGGAACGUCUCAUCGAGGCGUUCAGCCAGCGCUACUGCAUGUGCAACCCGGACGUGGUGCAGCAGUUCCACAACCCUGACACCAUCUUCAUCCUGGCGUUCGCCAUCAUCCUGCUCAACACCGACAUGUACAGUCCCAACAUCAAGCCCGACCGCAAGAUGCUGCUGGAGGACUUUAUACGCAACCUCCGAGGCGUUGAUGACGGGGCGGACAUCCCCCGUGACAUGGUGGUGGGCAUCUACGAGAGAAUACAGAUGAGGGAACUGCGUUCCAAUGAGGACCACGUCACCUACGUCUCCAAGGUGGAGCAGUCCAUCGUGGGCAUGAAAACGGUCCUGUCGGUGCCUCACAGACGACUGGUGUGCUGCAGUCGCCUCUUCGAGGUGACGGACGUCAACAAAGCCCAGAAGCAGGCGGCGCACCAGCGAGAAGUGUUCCUUUUCAACGAUCUCAUUGUGAUACUGAAGCUUUGUCCAAAGAAGAAGAGUUCAGCGGCCUACACGUUCUGCAAAGCCCUGGGCCUUCUCGGCAUGCAGUUCCACUUGUUUGAGAAUGAAUACUACCCCCAUGGCAUUACCAUCCUGUCGCCAUUCGGCUCUGACAAGAAGCAGGUGCUCAACUUCUGUGCACAAAGCGCCGAGGAGCUGCUCAAGUUCGUGGAAGACCUGAAGGAGUCCAUUGCUGAGGUGUCGGAGAUGGAGCAGAUACGUAUUGAGUGGGAGCUGGAGAAGCAGCAGGGCCCCAAGACGCACCCCAUCAACAACGGCACGCAAGUGGAGCUGCGGGGAAAACUCGGCGGCACGUCAGGAAACCAGGAGGUGGAGGACAGAAGCGGACACAAUGCCGUCGAGGUGUCAAUUCACAACAGGCUUCAGACGUACCAGCUCAGCAGCAGUCCCGAGACCGCGGGACUUCCUAACCACGGCGGGGAGCUGCUCUUCCACCCGGGGCUUGCCGCCUCGCCGCCCCAACACCCGAGCACCCCGGCCCGCCGGCCACACCCCCAGGCCGCCGCCAGCGUGGCCGACCUGCGGCCCGAGGCGCUCAUCCAGUGCCAGCAGAUCGUCAAGGUCAUCAUGCUGGACAACGGCGGCCACGCCCGCAUGGAGGCCUUCCUCAGCCACGCGCCCGCCCACCCCCACCCGCUCCCUUACCCCCACUACCACCCCCAUCACUACUACCAGCAUUACCAACUGAGCCAGUCUGCCACGUCCACGCCCUUGCGCUCCCCCGACCCCUUGCAAUGCAGUGGGGGGGACGGCCACCGACCUCCUCUGCCCCCGCCGCCGCCGCCGUACAACCACCCGCACCAGUACAUCCCCCCGGACCCCCGCCUCAGUCUACAUCGGACCCCUAGUGGCUCUCGGAGCAUGGUGUAAAUAGAAACCUUUUAAUUAACCCCACUUCCUCUAUUUAACAAUACACAAUGUACAUAGAGAUGAAAGAUAUCAUCCAAUGAAUUAAAAAAAAACCACAUAAUUACAUUUAGGAAAAUAUGUUUAGAUUUGACAGAAGAACCAAGCAAUGUUAUGCAUAGAUAACAUUUGACUUGAUUUUCACAAGCAAUUUAACACUUUCAAAUGACUUCUUGCCGGUUUUAACUCAAGCUAAAAUUGUGGCCGGACAAAGAGUGGAAAUAUUCUCCCACACCUUGUGCCAAAAAGUAAGUGACACUAGUAAUGCGGAAAUGAAGGACUUCCAUACACAAUUCAGGAAUGGAUGGAACUUCUCCAGGAAGUAGACUGCUUAUAUUCAACACACUUUCAAAGUGUGACGCACUGUGGCCGCCAUGUUUCGCUUUGGGACAAUGACGCUUCUUCGCUUUUUCAGGGAAUCUCGAAUUUCCUCGUUUAUUUUUUUAAGCCUUUGUGUGUGUUUGCCACCCACUUUCCGUGUGUUUUGUCUUCUCGUAUCUCCUGCUUAUCUUUAUAGCCUCACGUUUAUCCCCUAAAAGCAAGAAAAACAAUGAAUAAACAACAGCUCGUAGAGCCAGCAAAUGCUGAUAAGAACCGGAGGCAUUGUCUGAUCUACAUAUUUUCCUCAAGCUUGGAUUGUAAAUAUCACAUCCUAAAGAUGCCGGAAAGGAUAAGCACCCUCUUGAUCAUCACAUGACCUUCAUUCUGAAAUGGGUCACCCGAUGUCCCGGUCUUCAUCUUUUAUGCAUUAACGAAAGGAAAAAAAAAAAAAUGCCCCGAGUGAGCUUUGGCUUCCAGACCCGGCCAGCCAGCUGAGAGUCACCACUCAGCUUUAUUGGUCUUUUGGACUCUGGGCUGCCCUUUCAUUCGCAGAUAAUAUCGCGCAGACUCUAAAAAAAAAAAAAAAAAAUAGAUAAAUGUGUCCUCCAAUGAAAAAUGAGCAAGUCACACUAAAUGCAUCUUAAUGAAACUAUUAAUGGUUUUUCAAGACAUUUUAACAUGGCAACACAUCAAAGAAUAAGUUUGCAAAAAUGAAAACCCCAAAGGAUAACUCAUGCUUUUUUUUUUUAAACUUAUUGCCUCCAUUAACAUACUUUUAGGAAGUCUUUUUUUUAAAUUAUUGUUAGUUUUGCAUGUUAUCCUUACAGUAUGUUUUGGUGCAUGAUUGAGUUAAAUUUGAGCACACAAAUGGGAUCCAAAGGGGCACAUUUUUUGUCAUAUAUACUGUAUAUAUAUAAAUAUAUAUAUAUAUAUAUAAACAAUCUAUUAGAUUAUUGCCCUCUUCAAGUGGAGCUUGACAAUGUAAUGAGCAAAUGUGAGACCCCCCCCCCUCCCCUCCACUGUUUUAAUUUCUUGGGAGAUGCUUUAUACUGUGUGCGUGUCGGGGACGUUCCCAUGGCAACCAAUGUAGCAUUUCUGGAGUCCCGCGAGUGGCUGACUUUCACCUACGACAGGACACUGACCAAAGGGCUCUCCCAUAUAUACAAGUGCACUGCUUCAUCGAUCACAUGAGGACAACCUAUUAGGGAAUUUACAUUUAAUUAAAAAAAAAAAAAAAAACAACCAAAAAAAAAACGAAGAAAUACAAGUUGAAAGAGAAGGGAGUGUGAGAGAAAUUAGCCAUCACUUCCCACGGUUGAAUUCCUCUCUUGAACUGUCUUUGCAGUAUAUCAACAUGCUAUUAAAUAUCAUUGAAGUCAAACCUGUGUGUCUUGUGAUGGAUUCUUGGAGAUUUAUUUCU